CCAUCUGGGACACGGACGUGGCUGAUGUGCACCACUUUUGUCAUAACCGCACUUACAUUAACUCGCCUCAAACGAACCUCUCGGCAUCUACCCAAACAUCCUCCCCUCACCCAACAAAUUCACACCACCUGCUUCAUUAUUCAGGGCCUGCAUCCUUUGUUCUCCCACCUUAUUGCAUGUUCUCUCUAUUGUAAAUCUCUACCAUCACUUAACCCAUUAUACGAUCUUUCUUGUUAUCCCGCCUAAUGGCGUAAUCGAUGGCACAGGAACGCACGCAUUCGCAGCGCACGAGAUCGGUUGCUCCUUCGGUUUUUGACGAGAACGAACCGACUUCUGACGCUUUCCAUUCUGGGACCCCUUCCUCUCUCAAUUCUACCCUCAGAAACACUCGUGCGUCCGCCCGGCAAGCAGCUACUGCCUCCGAUCUAGCCCCGCCUAGUGCUGCCACGCCAUCCCAACCUCCUCCCACAACCCGCCCAUCGAGGAAACGCAAGGCUGCUGAACGUGAGGCCAGCCCACUUCCCGAGCCCGAACCUGCGAAACCUGCAAAGUCGAAACGACGCCAGAAACGACAGAGGACGACGGAACAGGAGACUACGGCUGCACCAGCGGCGCCACCUACGAGGCAGAGGAAGGGAAAAUCUACAGCUGUCAUGUCGAGUCCGGGAGCCUCUGCUGGCCCAGCGAAUGAAGGAGGAAGCGCGGCUAGCUCAGCAACUCGCAAGUCUAAUAGGAACAAGAAGAGCAACCCAGAUUUGGCAGCUGCAGCUGCGGCAACACCAACCGCACCACGAAAGUCGAAGAAGCAACACAAAAAUGCCGAAGCCGAGACGGACCCCAACGAGGGCAAUGAUGUAGAGCCUGCCGAUGAGGAUGACGACGACGAAGAUGACAGUGAUGAUAAUGACAAUGACGAUCUGCCGCGCGGAUUCAAUGAAGAAGACGAAGAUGAUGAUCCGUUUGGAGGGUUUGGCGGCCCAGGAGGCCCACCACAUGGCCUCUCGAACACAUUAAGGGCCCUCAGCGGCAUGAUGUCUGGUGUGUCGUCAAGGCUGCGCGAGAUUCUGAGCAACCUAAAGCAGAAGGAAGAUCCUUCCAUGCAACUUAUCGCACUUCAAGAGCUGUCGGAGAUCCUGCUGGUUUCUACGGAAGAUAACCUGUCUGGGCACUUCUCUCCUGACGCAUUUGUCAAGGAGCUUGUGACCUUGAUGCAGCCCUCGGAUUUCGGAGAGGAAAAUCCGGAGAUGAUGCUUCUUGCAUGUCGAUGCAUUGCCAAUCUUAUGGAGGCUCUGCCAGCGAGCACAGCGAACGUCGUAUAUGGCGGUGCGGUGCCGAUUCUUUGUCAGAAACUCCUCGAAAUCCAUUAUAUCGACUUAGCAGAGCAGGCUUUGAGCACUCUGGAGAAGAUCUCGGUCGAGUAUCCGGCUUCCAUUGUUCGUGAAGGUGGACUUACGGCCUGCCUGACCUACCUCGACUUUUUUGCCACGAGCACGCAAAGGACUGCUGUUACUACUGCUGCAAACUGUUGCCGAAAUAUCCCAGAGGAUUCGUUCCCGGUUAUUCGCGAUGUUAUGCCUAUCUUGCUCAACGUUCUUAGCAGCAAUGAUCAGAAGGUUGUGGAGCAGGGCUCCCUGUGUGUAUCUCGAGUCGUGGAGAGUUUCAGAUAUCAACCGGCCAAGCUCGAGGAGCUUGUGAGCAGCGAUCUCCUGAAAGCUAUUCUGCGCCUUCUCCUGCCAGGAACCACCAACUUGAUUGGUCCAAGCAUCCACACUCAGUUCCUUAGGGUUCUGGCCUUCACAGCGAAAGCAAGCCCCACUCUCUCCGCGGAACUCUUCAAGAUGAAUGUGGUUGAGACGCUAUAUCAGAUUUUGACGGGUGUAUCACCACCAAAUGGCGUUCACGACGUCGCCUCUAAGCUAGACAGCGUUGUCAUUAUGCAGGCUCUGAUCCACAGACCCCGAGAGCAGGUUAUUGAGACAUUGAAUGUCAUCUGCGAGCUCCUUCCUGGCGUGCCGCAAGACUUGCCUUCGUUUAUGGAUGAUGCAUUCGAAAUUGCGAUUGCCUCUGAGCCAUCGGGCACAUCGUCGCGGAAGAAGUCGCUGAACGAGAAGCGAAUUGAACUUCUCGAAGGCUGCAAGGAGGAACUGAAGCGCUUUGCUGUCAUCCUGUUCCCCACGCUUACAGAUGCGUUCUCGAGCACAGUUAACCUCAGUGUUCGCCAGAAGGUUCUCACGGCACAGUUGAAGAUGUUGUCUACACUGGAUAGAGAUAUUAUUAUGGAGGCCCUUCGAACUUUGCCAUACGCAUCGUUCUUGGCUGCUAUAUUGUCUCAGCAGGAUCACCCAACUUUGGUGAACUCGGCUCUUCAAGCCGCGGAGUUGCUCCUUACCCGUCUGGAUGAUGUGUAUCGCUACCAGUUCUACCGCGAGGGCGUCAUCACUGAGAUUACCAAACUUGCUCAGUCUGCAGAGCCUGUAGAGGGAGAGGAUAAGAAGCCCGAGUCAGGUGAAACUACUGAGAAUGCCGAGGCGGAAGCUACAAGUGCAGUCGCGGACAAUGCUCCGGCUGAACCAGCGGUCGCAAAUGAUAGAGAUGAGGACGAUAACUCCUCAGAUGGCGACAAUGAUGUUGACAUGGAUGACCCUCAAGAUGAUAGAUCGGCGAGCAAUGGAAGCUCUAGGACAUCCAGCGUGUCAUUGGACGGCCAGCGCCCUUCAUUGCCCGAGGGGGUGACGACAAUGCAGCAGCUUAUUGCGCAGCGAGCCAAGAAGUUCCUCGAGGUCCACGAGAACGAGAAGAACAGCAAGAUUAUGAAGAAGAAGGCGAUGAAGAUUCUUUCGAACUUGCAGGAUUUGGCAGUCAAGAUCGAGGAUUUCUACCUCCGCCAGCAGUUUGGGAAUGGCGUUGAGCUGUUUGACCAACUGGCUGCGUACUUCGAUGGUGAUGUGCUGGAGAGUGUUACGAGCGCGGAGCUGUUGAACUCUGAAGUCGUUCGUGUGCUUUUGGAAGUCUUCAAUAACCCUGAUGAGGAACUUGCCAAUGACGCUAGAUCGGCGUUCCUUGAGGUGUUUAUGGGCCGAACUGUUAACAGAAAGCCGAAGACGGCGACUGCGGACUCUCCAGCCACACCGUUCAGUGUUCUCAUUCACAAGCUGCAAGAUUUGCUUAGCCGUACUGAGCAUUUCGAGGUCGUCACUGUUCACCAGAAUACGUUUGAUGGCAAUAGGAGCAGUGCCGCAUCUAUGCUUGCGAAGCAAAUUCGCUUGAAGCUCGUUGCGGAUGAUGACUCCGAUAUCCCUCGUGCAUACCGCAACAUUAUGGUGUCUAUCCAUGCAAUUGCAACUUUCAAGGCCCUUGACGACUACUUGCGCCCUCGCAUCAGUAUCUCUGAGCGCUCAAGGAGCUCCAGACAUCGUGAUGGACUGAGCGGUGCGCUUGCAGCUCUUGCCGCAGCGGGCAUGGCCAAUCCUUACGGACCUCCUAGCGCGGCCUCGAGACUGGCAGAGCGUCAAUUUGCUGCUGCCAUGGCUGGACACGCUGCCCCUCCUCCACCUCCCGCUGCUUCUAGAAGCUCGCGUAGGCACAAGUCGAAGACUGCGCCAACUGCAACUCCAGCAUCGGCCGCGGAAUCAGCAACUGGAACCCCGCAAGAAAAGUCUGCCCGCCGCUCUAGUCGCCGCCGACAGUCUCAGACGGAUCAACCUCCUCCUCCGCCACCUCCCCCUCAGCAAGAUGAUGAUAGCUUGCAGGGUGCCCUUGAGUGUGCUGAUGAGAGAAUGCUCUCGGAAGACGAUGAGAUAGAUGAUAGCGCUGCCCUUGAUGCAAUUGUUGGCGAGCUCAAUGAAGAGAUGGAGGAGGACAAUGGUGAGGAUCCUGGAGCUGUUAACCUCGAGGUUGCAGUGGGUGGAAAGAUUACAGCCAGAAAGGAGGAUGGAACCAAGGUAGCCACGCCUGCACAAGCACCGUCCGCCUCAGCAGCCGCACACGGCCCAUCUUCCGCGCAGCCAGCUACAUCCGCACCACCUGCCGCUGCCACUCCAACCCAAUCAAACAGACCGAUGUCUUAUGCUGCGGCAAUCCAAGCCACCCCUCAGGAUUGGCACAUUGAGUUUAGCCUCGACGACAAGCCUAUCUCUAAUGAGAUUACAAUCUACAGAGCUGUCCACAGCACUACCGGGCAUAUUGAUGAGCAGACAAGCCGCAACGUUUGGUCGGGCGUCCACGCGAUCAAGUUCAAGCGUGUUGCAGGACCACCCCCAGCUGAACCAAGUUCCUUCAUACAGGCAAACGAGGCUGCUGAGACAACCGCGUCUGGAAUUCCAGCUUCAUUAGACAAGCACCCAGCCACUUCCUCGAUUCUGAGGCUUUUGAACAUCCUUCAUGCUCUUAACGCCAACAUCGAUGACGUUUUGGCCGAGAACAAGGACACGCUGAAGCUCAAUGUCGAGCCCCUGUCUCAAUUCGUCAACACGAAGCUCACCGCGAAGCUCAAUCGCCAGCUUGAAGAGCCGCUUAUUGUAGCGAGCAAUUGUCUGCCUAGCUGGAGCGAAGAUCUGGCUCAUUUGUACCCGUUCCUCUUCCCAUUCGAGACGAGACAUCUGUUCCUCCAAUCGACGUCGUUUGGGUACGCCCGAUCCAUGACGCGCUGGCAAAAUGCCCAGUCUGCGGAUGAAUCCCGCCGCGAUCGCCAUAGAGACGAGCGGCCAUUCCUUGGGCGAUUGCAGCGCCAGAAGGUUCGCAUUUCGCGUUCCAAGAUUCUCGAGUCUGCCUUGAAGGUUAUGGAGCUCUACGGUGCCUCCCAGAGCAUGCUGGAGGUCGAAUAUUUCGACGAGGUAGGAACGGGACUUGGACCUACGCUGGAGUUUUAUUCGACGGUGUCUAAGGAGUUCUCCAAGAAGAAGCUCAAGUUGUGGCGUGAAACCGAGGGCAACGAUAGUGACGAGUAUGCCUUUGGUCUACGCGGUCUCUUCCCAGCGCCCAUGUCUGAGGAGCAGGCACAGCAUGAGAAUGGCAAGAAGAUCCUGCACCUGUUUAAGAUGCUUGGCAAGUUUGUGGCUAGGUCCAUGAUUGAUUCUCGUAUUAUUGAUGUUUCAUUCAAUCCUACCUUUUUCAGAAUUGGAGAUGAGUCUACAACCGUAACGCCUAGUCUUGGAGCUGUCAAGACCGUCGAUGCGCAGUUGGCGGCUUCGCUCAAGUUGAUCAAGAAGUUUGUGCAUGCGAAGAAGGCUGUUGAUGAGAAUGGUAGCCUUACUGCGGCUGAGAAGGUCGCUGCUGCUGAGAAUAUUCUGGUCGCUGGUGUGCGCAUUGACGAGCUUGGACUGGACUUUACGAUGCCUGGGUACUCGACUAUCGAACUCAUUCACAAUGGAUCACACACAGCAGUCACUAUCGACAAUGUAGACCUGUAUCUCGAGAAGGUCAUUGAUAUGACUCUCGGAAGUGGCGUACAGAGACAGGUCGACGCGUUCCGCACUGGAUUCACGCAGGUGUUCCCGUACUCGGCAUUGAGCGCAUUUACCCCGAACGAGCUGGUUAUGCUGUUUGGUCGUGUAGAUGAGGAUUGGUCUUUGGAGACAUUGAUGGAUUCGAUCAAGGCCGACCACGGUUUCAAUAUGGACAGCAAGAGUGUAAAGAACCUCCUCCAGACUAUGAGCGAGUUGAGCGAUACACAGCGUCGUGAUUUCUUGCAAUUCACUACGGGUAGCCCGAAGCUUCCUAUUGGAGGCUUUAAAAACCUCACGCCGCUGUUCACUGUUGUCUGCAAGCCAAGCGAACCACCUUACACCUCGGAUGACUACCUCCCUAGCGUUAUGACGUGCGUCAACUAUCUCAAGCUGCCUGAUUAUACCGAUCUGGAAGUCAUGAAGCGUCGCAUGGACACUGCUAUCAAGGAGGGACAGGGUGCUUUCCAUCUGUCUUAAACGAACAAAAGUAGUGCCGAAUUUUGGGCCCUCUCCGAGUUUGAGGGGUCCACUUAAUUUUACCAGCUUUCUAUGAUGCGCCCCUUUUCUAAGCGGACAUCCCACCAAAAAAAGAGAAUGUGCAUAAAUCGUUUGAGGUGUGGCUACGUCUUUUUAUCUUCGUUACUUCCUUUUUUUUAUGACGUUUUUUUCGGAAAUGAAUGGGAAAUAUGUAUUUAUCGAGCUCUUUUUGCAACCCUUUCCCCCGGAUAUGAUAGGCAUGAGAUAUGACGUUCCCGUUUUUUCAGGAGGAGGGGACGCCAAGAAAGAUAGCAUCAAAGGAAGUUUUAGGCGUUGGGGAUGGAUCGAUGGAUGGGGGGAGGGGAGGAUGAGGAGUUGAUGUACUGAUUUGAUGGAUGCUGGUUUGUUGGGAUGGGUUAGCUUAGAUAGAUAGGGGAAUUGAUCG